AGGGAAGUAAAAAAGUGCGAGAGAAUCGUCGUUGAUCUGUGUCUGUGCUCUCCAUUGUGAGCGAGAGAGAGUGGACAGAAAAUGUGUCUGUCCAAGACUUCAGUGUACCUCUUGAACCCCGUAUGAAAUCCGUGUGCAUCGGCCGAAGGAGGCGAAGUGUCUACUUCGUUCUGACGCGUUCGGAGAUGCCGACCUUUUUGACUGUGGAAAAAAGUUUGGUGUUUUGUUGCAUUUUUCUCUCCUUCACGUCGUCUUGGGCAAACCCAAUUGCUCCAGACUGUCCUUCAGCAUGCAAAUGUCUGGGGAAUUUCGUCGACUGCAGCGAGAAAGGCUUGAUCGACGUGCCCAAAGAUAUCCCUAAAUGGGUGGAAUAUUUAGACCUGAAAAUGAACGCCAUUCGAGUCCUAGACACCAACGUCUUCGCUCAUUUGGAGAAUUUGACGAAGCUGGACCUGAGUAAGAAUGUGAUCCGGACUGUACGAGAUGGCAUGCUGGGGAACUCUUCGCAACUACAAGAACUAAUCCUGGAAGAUAACGAGUUGACGGAGAUGCCGUUUCUGGGGACCGGAGGCAAGAGUUUGCGGCGACUUUACCUGGCGCGGAACCAGAUCCACUCGCUGAACGCCACGGCUCUGUCAUCCCUGACCGAACUCACAUUCCUGGACCUGUCCAGCAACGGCGUCGUCGACAUCCCUUUUGACGCGUUUCCGCUGGCCUCGGAACGGUUGACUGUCCUGAAGGAGAGAAUAAAGCCCUUUGAUGCACUAACAACAAAACGGCCGGGGAGAGGGGGGAAAACCGGAUUAGGAAUUACGACGACGUUGAUCGACGGGCCAGGGAUGGAUCGCGACGAUCUUUUAGGGGACUUUAAUGUCGCGGAGGCACGUCGAUAUUUUCGUGACGGCGGCGUCGGGGCCCAUGUCAGCCAAGAGACGUUUAACGACGACUACGGCCUGUCGUUCCAGGCCGAUCGUCCGGUUAUGACCGCCAAUGGAAUGACGCUUCUCAGGGGCCUUAGCGUUGCCGAUGGAAUUCAGGUUCAUUAUGUGCCAGUGUAUCCGUCCUUCUUCACCAACCAGAGCAUUUUAAUCAUCACCAAGAAUUUUGAAAGCCCGUCCCGUCUGUUUAUUGUUGGCUCUCGUCGUCGACGCUGUCGUUGUGGCGCGGAGUCGACUCUACUCGACGUGUCCCCGUCGACGCGGGAAACGCUGAGGGGCGUCGUGACACGCCGUAACAAACAAGAUCAGCGGGGUUUGAAUGGCUACCUGGGCGCGUCAAACGCCGGGCUUUUGUCGUAUGGCAGUUCUUGCACCCUGAUCAUCCCUGUCACGUCGACGCUUCCAUUAGCGUCGUCUUCGGGCCCGGGUUUUGGGUUCCUUCUCGUCACCCCGAGCAGGGAGAAGAGAAGUAGGCAGGAACACGGCUUUGGAGGAAAACAACAUGGUGGUGUUAGGUGUGAGGAAAGCGUUGAAUGCAGUUGUUGCCGCGGAGUGAUGAAUAGACUCGGCGGCCUUGGAGGCCAACGCGAACAAUUCAACCGAAACCUUUUGCUGCAUUUUGGACCCGGACGCGUCGACGAACCCGAAAGCAAGAAGGAAGAAACUACACCCUGGUAUGGAAUCCUCUGCGACGUGCGGGAAAAGGGAGAAGCCGAGAGAAGGAGCAUCAGGGAAGACAGGGAAAUGGAUAUUUCUCCCACGUUUGUGCGAGCCCACGGCGUUGGGUUCGUGCCGGGCCCCCGGAGGAAACAUUGUUGGGGCCCCGCACCUUCACGCGCGCCCUGCGUGACGCUUUGUGAGACUCGGGAGAAGGAACCUGGGGAUUCUGCGAGGCUGAACUUAGAUUCCGGCAAGAAAGAAACGCCGAGUUCGGUCACGGAGAACUUCGCGGCUCUCGCACUCAUUUGGUCGUGGCCCGGGCAUGCAUGCCUUUUCAUUUUAUUUUCGUCUUCUGACUUUCAAGCCGCCUUCUCUGCAAUGGCGUUGUUGUUGUUGCUUCCCGAAAGGAAUCAAGGAGAAGAAGAAGAAGACGGAAGAAAAUAUAUAAUGAAGGAUGGGAGGGGUGGAGAAAACGAAAAUGAAGGGUUGUGUGUGAAAGGGGUUGCGAGGAGGAGGCGAGCCAGACAAAGCGGCAGACAGCCUGUCGUCCCGCCGUGCGUGGAUUUGCGCGGCGGUGCCAAGAAAAUGGUACUGGGUUCUCCCAAGGUUCUUCUUGUCUCGCCGGGGGCUUCAACGCGUUUGUCCGUGACUCCUUCUUGUUUCUAUCCCUCUGGGGAAGACACGUCAUGA